AUGCGGAUGAACCGUAAGCAUCUUUUCCCCACGCACUUGUUGUAUGCGGAUGACAUACUUAUUUUCUACAAGGCCACCAUGCAGAAUGCAAGAGCUAUUCGUGACAUCUUCCUUUAUUAUGGGGUCAUCUCGGGCCAAGAUUGCAGUAGAGAAAAGUCGCAGCUCUUUUUUGCAAAAGGCAUUCUGUUAUGCUAUCAAAGGCAGAUCUCACGAGCUCUGGGUUUCUCGGUUAAAAAGCUGCCGACGGUGUACUUGGGGGUACCUUUGUUCGCAGGGAGCCCAAGAGCGGUGCACUUGGCUGCUAUCAAGGACAAAAUUAUUAAUAAAUUCUCCCGGUGGAAAGGGAUGCAACUCUCUAUGGCCGGAAGACUAUGCCUAGUUAAAUCUAUCAUCCAAAGCUCUCUUGUGCAUACUAUGAUGAUAUAUAAAUGGCCAGGAUCGCUGAUAAAGGAUUUGGAUAAAGCGUGCAGAAACUUUAUUUGGUCAGGGGAUAUUAACAAAAAGCCAUCUUUCAUGGUCAGUUGGGAUCGGGUGUGCGGCAUCAAAGAAGAAAGGGGUCUAGGAGUGAGAUCAUUUGAUAUGAUAAAUGAGGCCUUUCUCAUGAAGCUGGCUUGGAAUGUUAUUAAGGGUAAGAAGUUUGGCUAUGAUAUUUUGCAUAGCCGUUAUCUUGAUGAGUUUGGCAGAUCGCGAGAGACGUUAUUGGCCUCUUUGGUCUGGGGAUGGAUUAAGCAGCUGGUCCUGGAGUUGAUUGCUGAUUCUUAUUGUCUUCUGGGGAGUGGAUCCUCCGUUUACUUCUGGGAUGAUGAUUGGCUCGGUUACUCUAUUGCCAACAAAAUUGGCAUCCCGACUUUUCUGCCCUCAAGGCUGAAACACACGAUGAUAUGGGCGUUGUGGAGUGCAAGAAACAAAUGCCACUUUGAUGGUAUCUACCUGCUGGGGCGUGCGGUUCUUGCCUUUAUAAAAUCUUCGUUUGUGGAAGUGGAUAGUUCAUCUACGAAGAUGGGUCAUAUUAGUAAUAUUUCGAGUGACUAUAUGGUUGCUCGGCGGAUUGGUGUAACUGUUCGCAUUAGGCCGCCUCCAAACUUAGACUCGGUGUAUUGGUCACCGUCUGCCUAUUCUUGGCUUAAAGCUAACACGGACGGCUCUGCAGUUGGUGCACCGGGACAGAUCAACGUCGGAGGGGUGUUUUGCGACUAG